UUGAACAUGUUUAAGUUCGUAAUUCUAUUGUCGGCGGUUGCCUGUGCGCUGGGUGCAUCCAUUCCAGAUGGUCUACUCCCGCAGUUGGAUGGACGUAUUGUCGGCGGUUCUGCUACUACGAUUAGCUCUUUCCCAUGGCAAAUCUCAUUGCAACGUUCAGGCUCUCAUUCGUGCGGUGGUUCGCUUUACAGUAAUACUAUUGUUGUCACCGCUGCUCACUGUCUGCAAAGUGUAACCGCCUCAUCGCUGAAGGUGCGCGCUGGUUCAUCCUACAGGACCUCCGGCGGUGUACUCGUGCAGGUGGCCGCUUUCAAGAAUCAUGAAGGCUACAACGCUAACACCAUGGUCAACGAUAUCGCUGUCGUCCGUUUGUCAUCUUCACUUUCGUUGAGCUCAACCAUCAAGACAAUUGGUUUGGCCACCACUGCACCUGCCGAUGGCGCUGCUGCUGUUGUAUCCGGCUGGGGUACUCUGACAUAUGGUUCCUCUUCGUUACCUUCUCAAUUGCAGUCCGUUGAUUUGAGUAUCGUCAGUUUGAGUAAGUGUCAAUCGAGCACUUAUGGUUAUGGUAGCCAGGUAAGGAGCACCAUGCUUUGCGCUUACACCUCCGGCAAAGAUGCAUGCCAGGGGGAUUCUGGUGGUCCAUUGGUUUCUGGCGGAGUCUUGGUUGGCGGUGUAUCCUGGGGUUAUGGCUGCGCGUAUCCCAACUACCCUGGUAUAUACUCAAGUGUAGCUGACCUACGAUCAUGGGUGGUGAGUGCUGCUACCUCGGUUUAAAUGACAAAAUGUAUUUGCAAAUGAAUAAAACUUGAAAUUUUUCUUAUGAA